AAAACUGACAAAACUGUAUUAUUGAGUUUAUUCCUUGUGUUUGAGCAACGUGUGCCACUUGCCACCGGAAAAAAGUAAAAAAAUGGCGAUCAUUAAAAAUUCAUACUUGAAAUUCGUUUUCGUCUUGGUCUGUCUUUCGCAAGUCCAGGGUGCUCUGAGAGUUAUUCCUGACCGAGAAAACCCAUUCGGUGAAUUUUUCAAUGAACUCUCAAAGACGGUUGGCAGAAUCGCCGACAAAUUACAAUUACGAUUAUCCGAGGCUGACAUUAACGUUGAAAAAUACAUUGACCAACUCAAAGACAAAGUCGGACAAUCUGAAGGAACUGUCCAGGAAGCGAUUGCCAAGUUUGAAGAAAGUCUAGAAAAAUUCCAGAAACAGCUUGUAGAAGUCAUUCCUAAGCACGUAGACCAAGCUAUUGAAGAAUUGAAGGUCCAACACCCUGAAUUAGCAGAGAAGAUAAAGAAGUUGAAGGUUGAACUUCUGCAAUUGAAGGAAGAUAUCUUCAAAAUCUUCGAGGAAAUUAGGAAACCGUUCUUAGAUCGUUACAGUGAAUUAAAAGAUGAAUUUUAUUCCAAGACCAAACCAAUCGCAAAGAAAUUGACACCAAUUUUGAAAGAUAUCGAAGACAUUAUUUUAUUAUUGAUCCCCGACAAGAACGACUUCUACAAGAAGAAUGAAAUCAAGAAGUCAUAAAAAUAUUAAGCGUAUAUUAUCUAAAUAUUUUCACGUAUUUACUGUUAAUAUUUUGGAAAAUCAAUGUAUAAAAAGUUAAAACUGUAACACAAUUGUAUACCUAUUUUAUUUUCCUAUUAAAAGUAAUUAAUAAGAACCUUUGAUUCACUUUCUUAAGGUCAAAUAUCAGGUUAUCUCUGUUCACUGAAAAUAACCUCAUGAGACUACAUAAUGUGAGAGUAAAGUCCGUUCGUUGAUAAUUUAUGUUUUUACAUUAUUUUUUUACACAAAUAAAUAGAAAAAAUCUUAUAUUCUUAUUAAAGUAUAAUUCGAAAAAUAUUAUCGAAA